UUGGGUGUUCUAGUUGUCCAGUUUUGCAACAUGCCUGAGCCAGCGAAGUCCGCGCCCGCCCCGAAGAAGGGCUCCAAGAAGGCGGUGACCAAGGCGCAGAAGAAGGACGGCAAGAAGCGCAAGCGCAGCCGCAAGGAGAGCUACUCGGUGUACGUGUACAAGGUGCUGAAGCAAGUGCACCCCGACACGGGCAUCUCCUCCAAGGCCAUGGGCAUCAUGAACUCGUUCGUGAACGACAUCUUCGAGCGCAUCGCGGGCGAGGCGUCGCGCCUGGCGCAUUACAACAAGCGCUCGACCAUCACGUCCCGGGAGAUCCAGACGGCCGUGCGCCUGCUGCUGCCCGGGGAGCUGGCCAAGCACGCCGUGUCCGAGGGCACCAAGGCCGUCACCAAGUACACCAGCGCGAAGUAAACUCAACAGGGUUAACAUUUAGCACCAAAGGCUCUUUUAAGAGCCACUAA